AUGAUGAAUGUUGGAGUUCCAGUGAAAACAGUAAAGUUAAAUGAUGUGCGAAAUCUUUUAAAAAAGCAUUUCGGUGAAGAUUGGGCUUCUUACGAUUAUUUACAAUAUUACAGUUUUCUUCAAGAAGAACGAAAUGAGACUGUUAUAGAAGAAACUGAUAAUGAAGAAACCAUAAUCCAUGAAGAAAUAGACCUAAGAGUGUAA